GAUCACCGAGUAAAGUAGGCUAAACCACACUACCACUACGACAUAUCGAAAUCCCUAGGUCAUUGGUUCCAAUCUUCAUCACCAAUCCAUUGAUUAAAAUGUUGAAUGAAGAGGCUACUACUAUUACUCCACCAUCAUCAUCAUCAGAUUCCAUGAACGACAAGCUCUCUCGCUACCUCCCCAUCUCCCUAAAUCCCGACGGUUCGAUCACUCGCUUCCCCGAAAUCCCCACCACACCCGCAUCACCCGAUCCCAACUCUCCCUCCCCAGUCCUCUCCAAAGACAUCCCUCUAAACCCCCACAACCAGACCUUUCUCCGGCUCUUCCUCCCCCGCCACUCCCUCCGCCGCUCCGCCGCCGCAAAGCCACCGCUCAUCGUUUACGUCCACGGCGGCGGUUUCAUCCUCUCCAGCGCCGCCAACCCUUCCUACCACAAUUUUUGCUCCGAAAUGGCAGCGUAUCUCGGCGCCGUGGUAGCCUCCGUCGAGUAUCGGCUAGCGCCGGAACAUCGGCUCCCGGCGGCCUACGACGAUACCAUGGACGCGUUGUACUGGAUUGGAGCUUCCCAAGAUGAGUGGUUGCGUGAGUUUGCCGACAUCACGAACUGUUUUCUCAUGGGGACUAGUGCUGGGGGAAACAUCGUCUACCACGCGGGACUACGUGCAGCCGCGGAGGCCGAUGAUCUUUUGCCGUUGAAGAUCAGAGGGCUGGUAUUGCAUCAGCCGGCGUUUCUUGGGUCCAAAAGGACUGGAUCGGAGCUUCGUUUGGCAGAUGAUCGAAUAUUGCCUGAGUUUGUUCUUGAUGUGCUUUGGAAAUUAUCGUUACCGAUCGGUGCUGACCGCGAUCACGAGUAUUGUAAUCCGACGGUGGGGAGUGGAUCGGCGGCAUUGGAGAAAAUGAAGUUGUUGGGGUGGAAGGUUAUGGUGACGGGCUGUGACGGUGACCCACUGAUCGACCGUCAGAUGGAGUUUGCGAAGAUGUUAAAAAAGAAGGGAGUGGAAGUGGUGGGACAGUUUGAUGAGGGAGGUUAUCAUGGCUUGGAAAUAUUAGACCCCACCAAAACGACACCGUUGUUUGCUGGUCUGAAGGAGUUCAUUACUAUUUCUCAGUAAAAUAUUCGAAAUGUUUUUUUUUUUUUUUUUUUUAAAAAUAAAAUUUGGUUGAUGCUAUGUUGUUUGGUAUAGCUUAUUGAGUUUUAUUUUUUAUUUUGAAAAUCUGUAAUAGUUUGGUGUAAUAUGUAUGAUUUUAAAUAAAUAAAAAUGCUUAUUAUAAAAAA